CAUGAAGUUCACAUUUGCUGAAUGUCUUCUUUGCAUGGGGUACUCUACUAGUGUCAGGGCACAACAGUGACAAAUCUGCUAAGGACCUAUAUAGAGGACAAGAAUCGGGAGUGCCCUGUGGUCAUGUUAAAUGAGAGACAGGAUUCAGAUGGACCUGGGUCAGAAUCCUGCUUUGCUAUGUAUCAGCUGCCUGACAAAUCACUUCUGCUCUCUGAGCCUCAGUUUCCCCUUUUCUAAUUUGAGCAUGGAGUACUUUUCUUGGGGGAUUGUUGCCAGGCUUCAGGGGGUGAUGAAAUGUUGGGUAGGGAAGACUUUACUGAUGAGAGAACAGUGGUACCCAGGGUAAAGUCUGCUUGUUGCCUGCAGGUUGUCCGGCAUCCUGGACUGCCCGGAUGGUGUGGAAUGGAGGUUCCAGAACCCACUUGCCCUGCACCUCCUGCCAGGGAACAGCCAGCUCCCACUCCUGGCCACCCUGGGACUCCUGGUGGCCAGGCCUCACCGCACCUGACCCUGGGCCCUGUCAUCCUGCCUCCAGAGCAAGGCCUGGCCCCCACCGUGUUCCUGAAGGCCCUGCCCAUCCCACUGUACCACACCAUGCCUCCUGGGGGCCUCCAGCCCCGUGCCCCCCUGGUGACAGGCAGCCUGGACGGAGGCAGUGUGCCCUUCAUCCUUGGCCCCCUGCUGCAGCCUGAAGGGCCUGGCCCUGCCCAGGUGGGGAAGCCAGCGGCCCCAGCGCUGACUGUGAACAUCGUGGGCACUCUGCCCAUCCUGUCACCAGGCCUGGGACCCCCGCUGGGCAGCCCAGGCAAACUGCGGAAUGCUGGCAGGCACCUGUGCCCGCACUGUGGCCGGGACUGCCUCAAGCCCAGCGUUUUGGAGAAGCACAUCCGGUCCCACACGGGGGAGAGGCCCUUCCCGUGUGCCACCUGCGGCAUUGCCUUCAAGACCCAGAGCAACCUGUACAAGCACAGGCGAACGCAGACGCACCUCAACAACUCCCGGCUGUCCUCGGAGUCCGAGGCGGGCGGGGGCGGCCUACUGGAGGAGGGGGGCAAGGCCGGAGAGCCCUCCAGAGCAGAGGGCAGUGGGGAAAGCCGAAGCCAGAGGCUGGACGAGAGCGCGUCGGAGGGGCCUCUUUCUCCAGGUGCCGGAGCGUUCCUUGUUGCCAAGAACCUAGAUAUGAAGCCGGACGCUGUUCCCUGCCCAGGGUCCACAUCUGCCAACAGAGAGACUCCCGGGGACUCUGCCCUCACUAUGUCCCCUGGGCUCCCUGCGGCUGGCUCGCAACCUUGGAGGAAGCUGCUAGAACAGAAGUCUAACGCAGGCGGAAAGCCCAGCUUGCUGCAGCGCCAGCAGGCCACGUCGUCGGAGAAGCCCUGGGAAGCCAAGGCGGCCGAGGGCCGGCUGAGGAAGUGUGAGAGCACCGACUCUGGAUACCUGUCUCGCUCCGACAGCGCCGAGCAGCCACUGGCGCCCCCCAGCCCCCUGCACAGCCUGUCGGAGCACAGCGCCGAGUCGGAGGGCGAGGUGGGCCCGGCGUCGGGGGGCGCGCGGCCGGCCGGGCUGGAGCUGGAGAAGAGGCGCCUGGAGGAGCGCAUCGCCCGGCUCAUCUCCCACAACCAGGCGGUUGUGGACGACGCCCAGCUGGACACCGUGCGGCCCCGCAAGACCGGCCUGUGCAAGCAGGGCAGCAUCGACCUGCCCUUGCCCUACACCUACAAGGACUCCUUCCACUUCGACAUCCGCGCCCCCGAGCCUGGCCGCAGGAGGGCCGCCCUGGGGGCCGCGCGCUCCACCUGGACGCCCCCAGACACCACGCGGCCCCUCUUCUUCCACUCCGUCCCCACCCAACUCUCCAGCACCGUGGAGUGCGUCCCGGUCACCAGGAGCAACUCGCUACCUUUUGUUGAGGGCUCCAGGACGUGGCGGGAGCCACUGGGCCCCCAGGACGCCUGCCCCAGGACGCAGAAGACCCUAAGCCCGAGGCUCACCCCAACCCGGCUCGGCUGCCGCUCAGGGCUGACCUGGGCCGACGUCACCUGCGGACACCCCCGGGCCCUGGUCAGACAGGCGGCUGUGGAAGACCUGCCGUGGACGCCCCAUGGAGAGGCCCCGGUCCCCACGGAGGAUCAGGAUGGAAAGAGAGCCGCCCCCGGGGAGGGGUCAGCCAGGAAGGGCAGAGCGACCAACAGGAAAUGUGGCCAGAGGAGGCUGAAGCUGUUCUCCCAGGAGAAGUGGCAAGUGUACGGGAAUGAGACAUUCCAGAGAAUUUACCAGAAAACGAAGGCCAGCCCCCAGGCAGGCAAGAAAGCCAGGGAGGUGAGAGGGGGCAGUGGAACAGAACUGGACCUUCCUCCCCGGGAAAAGGCUGCCGCGCGGGAUGGCCCUGGGGAUAUCUCUGGAGGAGCCAGGUCAGAGCCCUGGGGAAGCCUGCAGACCCCAGAGGCCUCCUUGGUGCCCGAGCCCCCUAAGCAGAGGGAGCCUGCGGCCAGAGCGGGAGACAGUAACGAGUCCAGGGUGGAUAGGGCUGUGUCAUCCCCCACACUCAGUGACAGAGAUGUCCCAUAUUCCGGCAGCAAGAGCCCUCUGCUUUCUCCAAACGGGAGGCAGGAACUGGGGCAGCAGCUGCCCCCAGCACCUGCCCCUCUUAAAGGGAGUAACCUUGAGGCUCCCAGACAGGUUUUGCCAGACCCUAAGCUAGAAGGAGAUACGCGAAGUGGUGAGGAUGUGAAGGAGACCUGCCCCUGGGCUCAAACGGUCCUCACACAGCCCAGUGGUGGCCCCAAGGAGGACCUGCUCCCCUCGGAGAAGAAGAAGCUGAAGGUGGAGGUGCUGGGCAGUUGGGAGCCACCAGAGCCAGUGGGGGCAGAGGCCUCAGGGGGACCUGAGCAGGACAUCGACCCGGGGGAGCACCUGAGUCCUCGCCAGGCCGGGGAGUCCCUGGAAUCCUCUGGACCCUCCUCUGAAGUUGCUUCUGUUGCCCCAAAGCAAAUGAGGCUGAAGGACCAGGUGUCCCUGUGGCAUUCUGCAACGAUGGCCCCCGGGCAGCAAACCCCACUAACGUCCCAGCCUCAAGCUCCGGGUGUCCUCACCGCUGCUGCAGACAAUGCCUUCUCCCCCAAGUACCUGCUCAGGUUACCUCAGGCAGAGGCCCCAUCUCCACUGCCUGUUCCCCAGGGCCCUGGGCAAAGCCAGGGUAUUUUCUGCAGGACUAGGCAGCCAGAGGAAGAGGUAUCCUUUAUUAAAUCAGGCCCUGGGACCUCUCUGUCCCCUGGCCCAGCCUCAGGGCCCCCCAGGGAGACCACCUCCUACCCACCCACCCCUACAUGUGAGGCCCCCACAGUCUCAGUCAGGGAGGGUGAGGCACAUGCGAUCCGUCACCUCUGCGUGGGCGGCGCUCUCCCAAGGGCCAGGCCUUCUGGGGCUGUCUCGAGUCCUUGGGUGCCUAGUUGGGAGCCAGGGGGGCCUCCAGGGGGUGUUCUAGAAGAUCCUCCUACAGGGCCUCUGGCAGGGCUCAGUCCCUGCUGUCCCCUCCAGCCUGGCUCCUUCAUCACAGCUCAACCUCGGCCCCAGGCUGUGUGCCCCAGCUGGCCCGAGCUGGCCUUGUCUUCCCACUCAGGGACCCCCAGGAGCUGCAGGGCCCAGAGCCCCUUCCCCUCAUUGAAGGCUGAGCCCCGGCUUACAUGGUGUUGCUUGAGACGCAGCGUCCCUCUGCCCAUGGAGCAGAAGGGGAAGUUGGCAUCCGUGUACUCGACCCUGCACUGUCCGGGUGGCAGUCUCCAGGAUGAGGGUCCUGACGCCCUGCCCACGAACAACGGAGGAUGGGCCCAGAUGAGGCCUGGAGAAGGAAGGCCAGCCCAGAUAUCCAAGAUAAUGCCCAGCUUUGCCCAACGCCUAGGGCUGAGAGAGGUGCUCGGCGGGCAGGAGCUUUCCUACCCGACAGUCCCAGGGGUGAUGUCCCAGGACCCAGUGUCUGAGCCAGAAGGGAAGAGAGGACUGCCUCGGAGGAGGGGCAAGAUGUCACGUGGGAGUGGCAAGCAGAGAAAACUGAGGAUCACCGCUAAAAGGUACAAAGGGAGUUUCCUGCAGAGCCGUGUGCAGCUCAGAGCCAGCAGACUGCACAAGCCCACCUGGGCACCACGGAGAAGCUGCCACGCUCCCCCACCCGAGGGACUGGACCGGGCAGAGCCCUCAGGCAGGACCCUCGGGAAAGCCUCUUCGGAAAUGACAGGUCUAAAUCCGCAAGACGAGCCAUCUUGUGCCACUUCAGAAUUGUCCCUUUGUUGUGGGAACAAAGAGACGAAGGAAGAUGACGGCAGACGGAUCUCAGGACCUUUCUCUCCAAGUGCGAGUUCAAGGACUGUCAGGGAAAUAGACAAAUUAACUGUGAAGCAGGCUGUUUCUCCAUCUGCCGGUGAGCGUGGUGACUGUUCUCCUCACAACACUGCUGCCGGGUCAGAAUCACCCCUGCCACCUGACACAGGCUCGGCAGUGGCUGGCGACAACACUGCACCCCAGGGCAAAGGUCUUGACACUGGAUUGCUGGAGACUCUGCCACUGCCCUCCCAGGAUCAAGUCUCAGCAUAUCCUGAACGGUGCAUUUUCUUAGAUGCUCCAGAGCCUUCUGCCUGUGGGUCCAAAGGCCCUUUCCCCCAUAAGGACAGUGAUACCUGUGUAGCCGCCAUGGGUAUACGUCUGGAGGCAAAGGCAGGCCCUGCGGUCCCGGUAGGAAUUCACAGUGCAGAGCCACGAGACCACAGCUGGGCUGCAGGGGAGACUCGAGCACACAGCUCCCCAGACAGCAAAGCUACGGCAGAAGGCGCGUCACAGGCCCUCUUGCCAGGGAGUCUUUCAGGUUCUGUUCCAUCAGGGUCAACUGGAAAAUCUCAUCCUGAAAUAGCAGCUUCAGGACCAAGUUCAACUAGUUCACACCAAGAAGAGGGGAGACAUAAGAUAUUUUUCCCUUCCAGGGGCCAGUCUGGAUGUGGAGAAAUGGCCAUCCCCUGUCCCCCUUUAGGAAGUGAUGGUGGGAAGUGUCAACUGUCUGGACCGAUCCCUCUGAAGAGUUCUGUAGAUCCUCCUCUGCCAAGGCAGCCCACAGAAAGCCCCGAAGCCCCUUCUAAAUCCAUCAAGAAGAAGAGUUUGGAAGGAAUGAGAAAGCAAACUUGUGUGGAGUUGAGUGAUGCCAGCAGUGAUGACGAGGACCGACUGGUCAUAGAGAUAUGAAACUUCCUGAGAAAGGUGGUGUCAGUGGCCAAAGACCGCGGAUGCUUCACAGUGCAUGUCAUCAGGAUGGCAGAAGAACUCAGCUGUUUAUGGAACACCUGCAGAUUAUGAAAGCCAUUCUGAGUUCCUUCCAAGCCAACUCCAACCAGCUCUAGAGCCCCACUCAGCCACACUCUUCCCCAGAUCCCAUUGGGCACACGCUGCUUGUGUUCACCUGUUCACCUGGCGCCAGGCAGAGGUGGCAAUGCAGCCAGGUCCAAGACUGUUCUGUGUAGGCAGUGACGAGGCCCUGAGGCCCAGUGUUCUCCUCUGUGCCAGGCUCCUACUGCAGAGAGCCACCAUGGACAUGUUUACCACCAGGGGACCCCACAGAAGCGAGGCAACUGACUCCCCCCAUUAGUGAGCUGCGGGUUUGCUUUGAAGGUGGCGAGCAUGCUUGGGAAAAUUGGAGUAGCCUGAGAAAGGGAUGGGUAUGUGAAUUAGGCAUCAAGACACUUCAGUUCAUUCUGGAAACAAAAUUCAGAUGCAUUCAAAAACUGAAGUUUGGUCGGAGUAAAUCUCCUCCCUAGUGGAGAUUGUACAUACACUUUCUCCUGUGCCUAUGGUCUGGUGAAAUGCUGAUUAUUUUUAAAUGUUGCACAAAUGGUCAGUGCUCAUUCAUGGUCAAGUGACAGAAGCCGCUAGUGCCCUUCUGCCUGGUGUCCUUUCUGUUGAGACCUUUGAAACCCUACUGGUUUUUCGAGCUCUUGCAAAGGAACGUUGUGUUAAAAGUUAAUAGAACAGUGUCUCAGUAAUGAGUCAUUUUUUGAGGGGGAAAAUUCACUUAUUUUCCUCUGAUUCUCUUUGUCAUAUUGUGCUCUGAGCAAUUUCAAUUAGAGGGUUACAUUUUAGUAAUCUGUACAGCUUAAACUGAUGCCUGCUCAUCCUGACGGGAGCCUUUUAGAUUUCCUCCAGAAGCUUCAAGGAUACAAAACUAAUUGGAGUUUUGACGCUGUUUUACAUCUCAGUAAUUUUAUUUUGGGGGCUUGGUGUUACUUUGCUGUCAAAUUAAAUCAGCCUCUGUAUUGUGCAAGUCAGAACAGCACAGAUAAAAUCUUCCAGUAUUCCAAGCCAGCGCACCCCUGUGCAGAAGAAAAUAGCAGACGUAUGUCAGCCAAGCCAGUGAGCAAAGCCUUAGACUUACCACCUUCCUUGCCUGCUCCUUAAAUGGGAGAGGAAAAACCUAAAGAGGUUUACACUGCUGCAUUUCAAUAAAAUUUUAUACUUGC